CCACGGCACCUUGUCAUCGCCCGCCCGACGUCACCUCCCAUCCCAUGUGCCCGCUCCGGCCCCCCUAUAUAUAAACGCCUCGCCGGGCUCGCCUCUCCACCUCCUACCCAUCCAUAUUCACCGUGACCAGACCAGAGGCGUCGUCUGCUUCUCUGCUCCCUAGUUUAGUUUUGCUGCGAGCGGCGACCUUUUUCACCUCUUCACGGCGGCGGGAGGCGGCGAGCAUGCAGGCGGUGGCGGGCAUCCGGCGGGGGCUGACCAUAGACCCGGCCGGGGAGGAGGAGGCGCCGGCGCAGCGGUUCGGGCGGCUGGUCAGGGAGAGCCCCGUGGUCAUCUUCGCGCGCCGCGGCUGCUACAUGGCGCACGUCAUGAAGAGCCUCCUCGCGGCCGUCGGCGCGCACGCCACCGUCAUCGAGCUCGAGGGACCCGCCGAGGAGCUCGCGGCGGUGGAGGCCGGCGGCCACGCGGCCGUGCCGGCGCUCUUCGUCGGCGGCGCGCCCGUGGGCGGCCUCGAGGGCCUCAUGGGGCUCCACCUCAGCGGCCUCCUUGUCCCACGCCUCCGAGAGGUCGGAGCCCUCCGCGCCUAGCUAGUAGCUCGAUCCCCUGCUCCCCGUCGCCGGCGAACCCCCCUCGCACGUGUGCGUGCACGCUUCGUCGUCGUCUCCGUCUCCGUGUAUGUAUAUAUGGGAUCCAUGAGCUCUGUAAUUUCAGGACUAUCAAGGGUGUGGAGUGAGAAACAACAGGAUAAAUAAGCUGUACCACACCCACACGGGUGGGAAGACAAACUAGAUGAACUCUAGCGUUUCUCGAAAAAAGAAAGAUGAACUCUAGCAGGGGUGUUGUGACAAAAAAGGCUGGACCUAAAUGUGAUUAUUACUUUUACUUA